UAUAUGGUUUUCUACUCGAUAGUCGAUAGUGGUGGAAUGCCGUAAUCCGUAUGGAAAUCAUAACGUAUCUUUAUUCUUUAAAGUUUAAAUCUUGACACAAGUCACAACUCCGGUCAAUGGCUUUGCCGAUAUAUUGAGAUUUGUCGUUUUGAGUUAAGUUUUAAUCGGACGAGUUUGAAUAUUAUAUACAUUUCAGUUCGCACGUUUUUUUUUUUGAAAUCUAAUUUUAUUUUAUUUAUUAUGUGAAUUUUACAGUAUUUAUAUGCACAUAAUAAAACUAAUAACCCGACGCAGUAAAACUUUUUUUGCUUAAUUAAUUCAAUUAAUAGAUCAUAUUGUAAUAUGAUCUAUGGCCUAAGCUAUUAAGUGAUGUUUGCUGAAAACGCAUAUUGAUCUAUAUAAAUUUAAGUGAUUCAAUAUAUUCAUACUUUAAACCAUGGAUAUUUCCAGUUUAAUAAAUUCCAUUUUAGCUGACGAUGGGUACAAUGCCCUUUCGGAAGACACUAAAAGUAAAUUCCAACAAUAUUUGCAUGUUCCACAGAGAAUGGUCAACCAUAUCGGUAUUAACACAACAAUUCAAACAAAUACAUCGGAAAUUGAUUUUGAUUUGUUAAAUAGUAGUACUAGCAUCAGAGAAGCAAAAUUUCAGGAAUUGCAAAAAGAAAUUGAAGUAAUCAACAGUCAAUUUAAAAACACUUUAAGGCAAAAGCAUGAGCUCAUGUUGAAUAAUGAAUCAUUAUUAAAAAGCAUACACGAAGCCGAAACUAGAGAAAGAAUGACAAAAAUGGAUGACGGAAUAUUACAACUCAAAAUAAAAACAUUAAAUGAAAAUUUGUUAAAAUACACUCAAAAUUUAACUAAUCUUGAGGCAAAAUAUCAUAAGGACAUUACAGAAUUAAAACCAGAAUUGGAUCAAAAAGACGCAGAUGUCUUAAAACUGAAAAAUGAUGUAAAUUUAUUACAAAUCAAGUGCAAAAACCAAGAAGAUAUUAUUGGCAUAAUGAAACAGGAAGCCGAUGAUUUGAAUGAUAAUCAUAAGAAUGAAAUUGAUAAAUUAAAACAAGAAUUUAACUCCAGCCAAAGUUUAAUGAACCAUUAUAAAGAAUGUUAUGAAAACGAAGUAGAGCAAACCAACAAAUUGACUAAAGAGAUAGUCAGUACUAAAGACUAUGUGAAUACACUGACUUCAUCGCUAGAUGAUGUUGAAACCAAGUUAAAUAAGGUUAUGAAUGAGUACGAACAAUAUAAAAAUGAUACAAAAAAUACAACUAACAUCUUAAUAAACAAGCUCAACGCUUCAGAAGACAUCGUUAAACAACUUCUUCCAGUUAAUCAAGACAAUACCAAUUAUGUUAUUAACAAAGAAACUACAAUCACUGAUGUUUAUGCAAUUUAUAAAGACACAUAUAACCAAUUACAAGACACAAUUGAAAAACUCGAACGCAGUGAAUUGAAUUUCAAGAUUUUAAAUCAGCAAAUUUUAGAUGAAGCUCCCGAUGUAGAUAAAUUAGAAAAAAACCUAUUGGAAGCUAAUGAAAAAAUAAAAAUAUUAUGUGAAACUAUUUCAAGACUUGAGGUAGAAUUGAAUAAUGUAUCUAGUCAACUCAGGUCUACUAAUGAAGCAUGUGAACUAUUAUCCAAAGAAAAUAAAAGACUUCAAUACACAGAAGAUGAUUUAAGCAAACAAGUAUGUUUCCUACUUCGUAACAAUCAAUCUCAAAAACGUUAUGACAAUCGCAAUACCGGAACAGAUAUGAGUCCACAAUCGAUUAUAUCGAAAAACUAUGUUACUUUUGAAAAUAUACAAACUCUACAAAACCAAAAUAAAAACUUAUUAGAUGCACUUCGUUCUCUGUCUAGUGCUAAAGACGAACAUGAAGUCAAACAGAUUUCAGAUCUAAAAGAUAAAAUAAAUAUAUUGGAGAAGGAAUUGGAUGAACAAACACAAAUUCUUCUACAGAAAGAUGAAAAAAUAGCCAAACUACAACUUUUAGAUGGUAUGUCUAAUAAACACGACGAAGUAAAACAUAAUGAAGUACAAGAUAAAUUUAAUGUAUCAUCGGAUUGUAUAGAUGAAAGUUAUUCUAAAGGGAAUAUUAAAAACGUCGAAGAUCUUAAACAUCAAUUGUCAUUGUCUAAUACGACUAUUAAACAACUCAAAGACAAACUAGAAACCAACAGCAACGCUCGUCUUCAUCUAGAACAACAUGUGCAAGAAUUAAAUCAACAAAUCGAUGAGCUAUUUAAGAAAAUAAAAGACUCCAAUAGAAGGCACUGUGAAAAUGCUCAAAAAGUGUCUGCGUUGCAAAAUACUAUAGCUUCUUUGGAACUCAAAAAUCACGAGGUAAACACUGCAUUUGAAAAAAUGAAAACCGAGUACAACAUUGUAAAAAAAGAAAAUGACAACUUGUAUAUUUCCAAUAUAAAUUAUUCACGCGAAUUGAGACAAAAAGCUGAGCUGCAAAAAGAUUUUGAAAAAAAUUUGACAAGUCAAUUGGAUUCACUCAUAUUAAACUGGAACUCUACUCUAGCUUACAUAAUGGAUGUCGGAGAAGGAAAAUAUAAGGAUGAUUAUAAACAAUUAACAAAAACAUUAAAGGACGUUAGAGAUAACUUAUUGUCAAAACUGGAAGCGAUUGAUGAACUCAGUUCUCAUAGAGAAUCUUCAAUAUCGAGAUCCAGGACAAACUCUUUAAGUUUGUGUUCUGAUGAGCGUACUAAUUUCCAAAGUGUAGUUAGCAAGCUUGAGCACGAAGUGAAGAAUUUAAGAUCAAAACUCAAUGAAACUGGUCAAUUGAAUAUUCAACUGAAGUCGGAGUUAAAUGUUACUAAAGAACUUUACAAAUCUCUAGAAGAAAACCUGAAGAAAAUGGGUGAAUAUUCUGAAAAUUUAGAAAAAGAAAGAGAAAAUACAAAACAGAUAAACUUGGAAAAAGAUCAAGAGCUAGUGAAUGCAAGAAAAGAGUUAAGUGAAUUUAACUUAUCACAAAAAGGAAAUAUUAAUAAACUUCAAAAUCAGCUAUUAGAAUAUGAGCAAAAUAUGGAUAAACUAUUGGAAGAACUUGACGCCACAAAAGAAAAUAAUGAAAAAUUAUCGAAAGAAAUGUCUAAAUUAAACAAUGUUAUUAGAAAUCUUGAAGACGAAUUAAAAUCAACAAAUCAUAAUAAAGAACGUUUAGAAAAAGGACUUUAUCAUAAAAUAUCAUAUUAUAAAAAUAAAUUGGAGAGAUUAGAUGCACUAGAGUUAUUUAACAAAACAAAAUCUACUGAAAUUGAGCAUUUGAAAAACCAAAAGACUAGUAUGGAAAAUACUAUCAUUGAAAUUAAAAAAACCCAUGAGAACCAAUUAAAAGAUAUGGACAAUGAGAUAAACGCUUUGAAAGAAAAAAUCGAACGUUGGGAAUUUGAAAAUAAAUUUUUAUCUGAUCAAUAUAAAUUAAUUACAAAUGAAUUGACUAAUUUAAAUAGUAGUAAAGUGACCAAUAAAGAUGAAAGUUUAAAUAGCAGUUCUAUUUCAUCUGCCAGUGAUUUGCAAUUUACAAAAAUGACGAAGCUAAUAAAUAUUUUAAAAGAUGAAAAAAACUCGACGAUUUUAGAAUUAAAUGAAACAGUUAACGAAUGUAAUCGGUUAAAAUCUGAAUUAGAAUACAAAACAAAACUACUAAAUGAUAUGCAAAUUCAAAUGGAAGAAUUAAGGGGUCUACAUGCGUCUGGCUCAUCUGGAGAUUUUAACCACGCACAAAUAUUAGAAAAAAUCACAUUUUGUAAUCAAGUAGUUGAAAGAAAUAAAAUUCUUGAAGAAGAAAAUAAAACAAUUUUAACUCAGUUAAAAGAGCUACAGGAGCUGGAUGAGAAGAAAACUACUGAACUCACCCAGUUAAAAGACGACAUGACUGGAAUGCAGAGUUUAAUUGAUCAAAAAACUGCAGAGAUUGCUUCUGCUCAAAAAACAAUUGCUAGAUGGAAAGAACGAUCGACUGGAUCUCAUUCAGAUGCCGAAUACAAACAAAUUUUAAAUACAUUAGAGAGAGAAAAGGGUAAAAUGGCUACAGCUCUUGAACAGUUGAAAUCUAUGAAAUCUGAUAAGGCAUCACUCGAAGAAUUGUUAAAAAAACAAGAAACUAAUCAUUCUGAAGAAAUAAAUGCUACCAAACAAGAAAUAUUCAAACUCAAAACUAAAAUUGUAUCCAACUCUAAAUCAAUGGAAUCCUUUAAAAAUAUAAUCAAAACCUACAGACAGAAAUUUGCAGACGUUGCCUCAGAAAUAUCUAAAGUGAAAAUCUUAGCAAGACGUUAUAAACAAUUAAGUGAAGAAUUAAACAAAACUCUAGGCACAGAAAAAAUUUCUUGGCAAGCUAAAUUUGAUGCAUUGCAACAGGGUGGUAGUAAAAUACCUGUUGAUCUUGAAGAACGUGAAAAACUAAUUGAUCAAGGAAAACAAGAACAGAAAACAGCUAGCGAGUUAGUCGUCAACGAACUUAUGGCAAAGGUUGCCGAAGCUGAAGCAAAUUUACAUGCAGCUAAAUCAGAAGUUGAAAUUAUUAAAACUAACAGUCAAGAAAAGGAAUUGCGGGCAAAACAACUUUUACAACAAGUGCGAAACCGGAUGUUGACUCUUUCAAAAGAACUCGAAACUACCAAAAAACAACGUGACGGUUUAAUGACUAGAUUAGAUGAAGCAGAAAGAGGUGGUAAAAUGCAAAGUUUCCAAAUGCACAUUAGCAGACUAGAGUUGGAAAAUAGUAAGCUGACAGCAGAUAAAGAACAGGUUACAGCAGAAAAAGUUCGUUUGUCACAUGACAUACAAGCUUUGAAUCAAAGAGUCAAUGCGUUGAUGAGACAAUUUUCUACCCAACAGGUAAAACCAGCAACCAGUACGGGUCCCGAGAAGCAAGUUGUUGAACCCCCCACAGCAAAUAUCAAACCUUUAGGCCCUGCAGUUAAUAAACCUCAACCAGUUCAUCAUUCUGUAACUGUUAACCCUUGGCGAUCGGCAGCUGCAGAAACUCCACUGGCUAGUAUUAAACCCAUGACAAUGCAAUCUAGGAGUGUGGUUGUCUUACCCACAAGCCAAACAUCAUCAACUUCCAGUCAAAGUUCAAUAAGUGGAACUAGCAGUAGUACCACCAUUGCUGUUCAUCCACAACAGCCGCAAUCAGUAGAUAUUAGUAGCAGCGGCGGUAAUGCUUUAGACUCAUCAGAAGCAAAUAGUACAGCACAAAGUCGUCAUCUAACUAGUAGUACUGUUGUACUUCAUGCCGAGGGAUCUGAAUCUGCUGCUACUGUAUCUGAUUCUAAUGAAACAACUGCUCCACCUGCAAUCUCGCCACUUCAACAGGUAAUAGGAAAUGCCGCAAGUCCAAGUGGCACCACUGCUCAAGCAAGCCCGGCUAUAAGUAUUGCUCUAGUUGUACCCCAAGGUAGAGAGCAAGUGCAGACCACUGUAUCUCAAACUACAGUAUCAGUAUCAACCGUGUCUCCAUCACAAAGUCAAAUUGACAGUGUGCAAGUUGAAAAUGGUCAAACGAUGGAAACCAGUAGUACCAACAAUAUUGCUAGUUCAUCGGCACCAGGACCAUUAACAGAAUCUGAACCAUCUGUGAUCACAGCUGGUACUAGUGGGCCUAGUUGUUCUUCUUUAGAUACUACAACACACAGCAACAACAGUCAAAGAAAACGGAAAGCCGAUCUUCUUGUAACAUCUUAUAUGAAGAGGUCCAAAUCUUUUAUGCCUAGAGAAGAGAAUAGAAGGGAAACUGAAUAUGAAGCACCUACAUCUUCUCAACGAGAUUCAGAAGUUAGCAAUUCUUAUACAACUGCGGAAAGUAACCAACAAGACAACAAAGAAGUUGACGCAAGUACUGAUAUGGAAGUAACUAGUGAAGCUACUCAUGAAAAUAAUGAAGUAGAUUUAGCUAGCCAAGAAUGCACAGCAGAUACAAAUAAUAUGAAUGAAAAUAGCGAUAUGCAAAAUGAGGAGACAGAAGAAACAACUGGCGAAAAUACACCUGAACAUUCUUCAUCAAAUGCCGAAGCGACAGCAAUGGCCGUUGUUGAGGAAGAAGAUGAAGAAGAAGUACCCGAAACUAUUAACUUCGAAGAGCAUCAACCUGCACCAGUUUCUUCUGCUAGCUGUGAAGAAAGAAAAAACACAGAGAAUGUUACUUCAGAUGCGGAAUCAAGACCAGACGAAAGUGAUUCUACUCCAACAGAACCCCAAGGAAAUUCAAGUGACACAAACGACACAGUGGGCGUUUCGCAAUCUACUGAAAUGGUUGAAACCGAUGUUCUAGAUUUGGAACAAGAACCAAUUGAAAUAUCGUCGGAUGAGGGUGAAAUUGUUGAAAUAAAAUCAUCUCGAGAAAUUGAAGAAAACGAGACUGUAGAUAUUGAAACUCGUGUUAAUAAUCCUGAGACUAUAUCCGUAAGUUCUUCGCCUAGUAAAGAUGGUGAAACUGUUAGGGAAGAAUCUCCUGUAGCAGGUCCUAGUGGGAUGACAGAUUCAACACCCAAUGAACGCAAACCAAUUACUUGGAAUGAAUCGCCUUAACAAUGUAACACAUCAGAUCAAUGAAACCAUUAUUAAGUUCGACUCCACAACAAUUAAAAAUUAAAAUAUUAUUCAUUUUUUUUGUACGAUUUUUUUUAAUGCAUUCCUUUAAAAAAUGUAUUAACUCAAAAUAAAAACGUUGUUCAGUAUAUUACCUACUACUAACUUUUGCUGUUGUUAUUAUACACUUGAUAAUAAUAAUUCUCUCGUAUUAUUUUUUAUGUGUCAAGUCAAAAAAAAUAUG